GUAUGCUAGCUGUAGAACUUCGUUAAUCUCCAAAAUUUCUGGACAGAUCUAAGUUGAGACACGAUGCGUAGUUUUACGUUCUACGAGAGAUUUUCUCGAGCAUUUCAUGAGAAUUCUUCACUCUCCAAGCUGCUUGUCGUCCUCACCGUCAGUGGUGGAGGCAUUGCUGCUUAUGCGGAAGCAAAUUCAGAGUCACAAUCACCUAGAGUAGAUCUCAUCAAUGGGUCAGAGGGUGAUGGCAAGAGAAAGAAGGUUGUGGUACUUGGAACUGGUUGGGCUGGAACUAGUUUUUUGAAAAAUUUGAAGAAUCCAUCCUAUGAUGUCCAGGUGAUUUCACCUAGAAAUUAUUUCGCAUUCACCCCUUUGUUGCCUAGUGUUACAUGUGGCACAGUGGAAGCUCGGAGUGUUGUCGAACCAAUUCGAAGGAUUGUUAGAAAGAAAAAUUUGAAUGUCCUUUUCUCAGAAGCUGAAUGUAUUGGCAUUGAUGCAAAAAAUAAGAAGGUUUACUGCCGAUCUAACCUGGGAAACAAUAAGGAAGAGUUCAGUGUGGACUAUGAUGUCCUUGUGAUAUCUGUGGGAGCACGUGUUAAUACAUUCAAUACACCUGGUGUAGAGGAACAUUGCCAUUUCUUGAAGGAAGUGGAAGAUGCUCAGAGGAUCCGAGAGACUGUUAUUGAAAACUUUGAAAAGGCUAGCUUACCUAAUCUGAGUGAUGAAGAGAGGAAGAGAAUUCUUCAUUUCGUGGUGGUUGGUGGUGGACCGACUGGUGUAGAGUUUGCAGCAGAGCUCCAUGAUUUUGUAACUGAAGACUUAGUCAAGUUGUACCCUAAGGUCAUGGAUGUUGUGAAAAUAACACUUCUGGAGGCAGCAGAUCAUAUUCUUAACAUGUUUGAUAAGAGAAUCACAGCUUUUGCAGAAGAGAAGUUCCACAGAGAUGGUAUAGAUCUAAAAACAGGGUCAAUGGUUGUUAAGGUGUCUGACAAAGAAAUUUCUACAAAAGAAAGGAAUGGAGAAAUUUCUUCAAUACCAUAUGGAAUGGCCGUGUGGUCAACUGGUAUUGGAACUCGUCCUCUCAUAAUGGAUUUCAUGAAGCAAAUUGGUCAGACAAACAGACGUGCCCUAGCAACAGAUGAAUGGCUACGUGUUGAGGGUCACGACAAUAUAUAUGCUGUUGGAGAUUGUGCCACAAUUAAUCAAAGAAAAGUCAUGGAAGAUAUUGCUGCAAUAUUCAGCAAAGCAGACAAGGACAAAUCUGGAACACUUACAGUUAAAGAGUUCAAGGAAGUGAUUGAUGACAUCUGUGAAAGAUAUCCCCAAGUGGAGCUUUACUUGAAGAAUAAAAAGAUGAAAGACAUAGUUGAGCUAAUGAAGGAAUCAAAAGGGGAUGUAGAAAAAGAGUCCAUUGAACUGAGUAUUGAAGAAUUUAAGAAAGCUCUAUCCCAGGUUGACUCCCAGAUGAAAAAUCUUCCAGCCACAGCUCAGGUUGCUGCUCAGCAAGGAUCUUACCUUGCUGAUUGUUUUAAUCGCAUGGAGGAGUGUGAGAGAAAUCCGGAAGGACCCCUCCGCUUUAGGGGAGAAGGUCGUCAUCGGUUUCAUGCUUUCAGGUACAAGCACCUUGGACAAUUUGCUCCUUUGGGAGGAGAACAAACGGCUGCCCAACUUCCAGGAGAUUGGGUGUCAAUUGGCCGCAGCUCUCAGUGGCUUUGGUAUUCUGUGUAUGCAAGCAAACAAGUGAGCUGGCGUACAAGAGCAUUGGUGAUCACGGACUGGACGAGACGCUACAUAUUUGGAAGGGAUUCAAGUGGAAUAUAAAUAAAAUAAAAAAGGGUGAUUGAAUGAAUGGCAACAAUUAUUGGCGUGUUUGCAGGUACAUGUUUUCUAGACCAUAAUAAUUCAAAGUGAGAUAUAUAUAUAUUAUAUAAUAGCUGCUGUCUCACAAAUUUUGGAAGAGCUUUUUGUUUACCACAUUUGUUUGUGGUGGUGAUGAGUGUAUCAUAUAUAUGUAUAAUCAAAGCAUUUCAACUUCUUGUC